UCCGCUCAGAAAGCAAAUGCACCCGGUCUGGACUGCCAGGACUUUGAGCUGAGCAGAAGCACAGUCGUAUCUCUUCAUCAACGAGGAUUUUCUACACAAGUUCUACAAGCAUGCUUAAGAAACAGAGGAUUAUAUCGUGAUGAGGAAUGAUUUUGAGAUUCUUUAGGAGGCACCACCGCGGGUGGCUGGAGAAUCAUCGGCUUGACAGUGAACAGAUUUCCACGAGAUUCCCACGGAGCGAAAUGAACAACCCGCCGCUGUGAUCGUGCACAUGGAGAGUGCGAUCCAAGGCGCGUGAACGCACACACGUAUUCUCUACGCUUUGGACACUUUGGACACCUUUCUUACUGGAUAUUCUUAGAAACCUUCGUCUGCAGCCACAGUUUCAUAUUGAAUCUAACUGUUUAUAGUUUGCAUUAUUUAUUUAUUUAUUUAUUUAUUUUUUACCAGCGAAACACUAACAGACUCAUAAAUUAUGUUGAACUAAACGGGUUUUGAAACCUCAUAGUGUCCACUGCACGGGCAGCUUCCUCAGUCUCCAUCCUUCUUAUGCAGUUCUAGGAUGCAGCAGGAAUGAUCCCGGUCCAGCGCGUUAAAGCUCAGCCUCAGCUGUGGCACGUGAGCGCGGAAGCUCCUCCGUGGCUCUGGAUGGUCCCGACCACCUCCGGACUGUGUAGGGUGGGUUCUGCUCCUCCGGUGCUCAUCUCCUCUCGCCCUCCUCCGCUGAUUCAGGCGGUCUCGGGAUGGCAGAUGUCCUGCGAUCCGUUUGUGCCCGUGAUGCGCGCUGCCGCCACGGAGCCGGCGACCAUCAGUCAGUUCACUCUGCCCAGUGUUCAGUGGGAGAUGCCAUCCAGGCCUCAUGUGUUGGGUUUCCAGCCUUCUGCGAGUGUGGAUGUACUUCCAGUGUUUCCUCAUGUAUACCGGACGGUCCUGCCUCCACAUUAUGGCAAGGGCUGGGUGGAGAAACGUGUACCUGACUACAAGUUUUAUCUAAACAACACUUUGGCUCUUGAGACCACCUGGAUCAGUCCAGAGGAAAUGGGAAUUUUCCAGCGUCAGGAAAAGCCACUGCUGAGGACGAAUCAAACGGCGUUGAGCAUAUGUAGGCCAGCUGCAGCCUCCAGGAAUAUCCACACUCUACUUUUGACACCUAGGCGCAUUUCAGGUUGUCCCGUGGCUAUUAAGCGAGUAGGAAGUUCUAAACGGAUCGCUUUGGCAGCAGCAGCCAUGAUGGCGAUGGAUUCUGACGUGACACAGGGACCAUCUGUCUCUUCCGCUCACCCUCUCCACCUGCUCUCGCUCUCACCCAUCAAGCUUCCGUUUCUGACGACACCUCAUGCAGGAACACGUAGCAGCUGGGAGGGCUUGCUGGGACCCGUCCUUCCCUCUCAGAUCACCGCAGUAACAUCACUCUCUGCUCCUGGAGUGACCCUACUCACUGGAAACUGGAAGAAGCAAAGGGCAGCAGAUAAGAUGCUGGAAUUAAAGAAGCCAUCCUGCACAGACGCCUUAGUGCUCCGCCGCGCUCCAAACCCAGAGGCUAAAGCUGAGGAUGAGCCUUUUAAAGUCAGUAUGGACGAGGACAGCUUGCCCAAAGACAAGCGGCCAGUUGCAUCCACGCCUAUACCUGGAUCACCAUGGUGUGUGGUUUGGACAGGCGAUGACAGGGUGUUCUUCUUCAAUCCCACCAUGCAUUUGUCAGUAUGGGAGAAACCAAUGGAUCUGAAAGACCGCGGAGACCUCAAUCGAAUCAUCGAGGACCCGCCACAUAAACGCAAGAAAGACGACGGCUCAAAUUCUGCUGACGAUGAUGAUGACGACGAUGAAGAGGAACGUAGUUCAAAGACCAAGCGCUACAAACUGGACCAUCCUGUUGAGUGUGAUGAAGGAAAAAAUGGAUCAUUACCACUGGAGCUGCGGAUCAGCCAUUUCAGAGACAUGCUUCUGGAAAGAGGGGUGUCUGCAUUUUCCACCUGGGAGAAAGAGCUGCACAAAAUUGUAUUUGAUCCACGGUACCUGUUGCUGAGUCCAGAGGAACGUAAACAGAUUUAUGACCAGUUUGUCAAAGCAAGAAUGAAAGAGGAGCACAGAGAGAAAAAAUGCAAACUACAGCAAGCGAAAGAAGAAUACAGAAAACUGCUGGAGGAGUCAAAAAUCACAACCAGGUCAACGUUUAAAGAAUUUUCGGACAAGUACGGAAAAGAUCCUCGAUUCAAACAGGUUCUGAAGAGGAAAGACCAGGAACUGUUUUUCACCCAGUUCAUCAGCACAUUGAAGAAGCGGGACAAGGAGAACAGAAUGCGUCUGAGGAAGAUGAGAUGAGGACAGGGACGUGAAGUCUCCAAACUACUGUGAACUGAUUUCCUGUGACUGUUUAUCGCAGCGUAUACAGUGUGAUACCAUCUGCCCAUAUGUCUGACCAAAUGCCAAGGGCAGUGUCGCUGUUUGCUUUUCAAUACUGACUUUCAAACAAAGAAACAAAUACAGAACCAGCUGGGUCUGGGCAGCAGUUUGGUAAUUAACUGUGUGUGUUUCAUAUUGAAGCUCUUAAUCUCCGGUUUGAGUAUAACAAGGUUCCGAAAUGACAAAACUGAACACGAAUACAGAGUUUGACUUGAUAAAAGCAUCUAAAGCCAUUGACCUGUGCACACAGGUGGAAAAUGAUUUUUAUAAUAAUUGUAAAUAGAUGUUGAUUUGCCUGGCGCUGUGUUGAAAGUGACCGUAGAAGUGCAAUCAUUUUGUCAGAGUAAGGGAAUGUUUACACGACACCGUUUUUAACUAAAAACGGAAAACUAUUUAUGCGUUUUGGCCUUUUAUUUACACUUGAAAACGGGUUUCAAAGUGUACGUUUUUGAAAACGAUACCGUUAUCGUCUCAAUGUAAACUACAGAAAUGCAAAUGUGUGAAAACGGUGACAUCAUGCGCAUGUGUAUUACAUGUUCAGUCUAUAGGCGCAUAGUGUUUCUUUACAAAGUGACAUCGCCAACUACUGGCCUGGCAUGAAUACAGCAUUUUUAGUCAUUUUCGAAGAUCCAUGUGAACAGGGAUCAUUUUGACAAUGUUGUCAUGUGUACAUGAAAACACAUACACCGUUUUUAGUAUAUUGUUGUCGUGUAAACGUACCCGAAGACAGAUUCUCCACAGCAUCGGUGAGAAUCAGUAAGUGAUGUUGUGUCGAUAGAAUUUUUCAAAUGUUGUCUAACGGUUUGUUGUAAUUCAAUUUGUCAUGAUAUCGUAAAAUGAAAGUGAUGGUUUUUACAAGAAAUUCAUGUACAGCUCUGCGAAGCGUUGUAAAUCUCAAGUAAGAGCAAGUAGAUUCUGUUUACGAAGAAAUUUAAUUGAAAGGACUGUUUAGAUGUUUUUGGCUACAUUCACUUCAUGUAGCUAUUUGCAAAUAUGAUUAAAUAAAUUGUUUUAUUUUAUUUAUUCUGGUUGAAAUGCAAUUUUACAUUUUCUGUCAGCUUAUAUACACGCUAAAAAUCAUAUUCAGGGCUCAACAAUAUAUAUUUUUUCUGUUGACAAUGUCAGUGGGACCAGCUAUUUCACUGCAUUUACUUUGUGUCAAAAACAAACAAACAAACAUUGUUUUACUUGCAAAAUAUGUUAUAUAAAAUUAUAAUUUAUUAAGAUGUUAAUAUAUAUGCCAUUAAUUCUAACAGAAAGUAAAAUGCAAAAUACUACAGACUUGGAUAUAAUUUUCAACACAUUUGAAAAACCCACCAUUGCAAAGUCACUCUCAAGAUUUCAAUAAAUAAUUUAUUUUAGCCAGCUAGCGUUACCUUGGUGGCAUUGAAAUCGGCAGAAUGAACAACAAUGUUCAAAACUUCCAAGGAAUUCAAAUGUUUGUUUUCAAGACAUUAAUACUUAAUCUUUGGAUGUAAGAAAUGGCAACAAAAAAGGGAAAGCAAUCUUUACAAAACUUUCCAGUGCCAUCCUUAUUGCUGAGACAUGAGUACAUAUGUUGUUAUGUUGACAUUUUUCACCAUUUCAUUAUAAAUGUUAAUUUUAUUCAUUUUUACCUGAGAGCUUUCAAUCUUCAAACAUUUGAUUUUACUGCUAAUUGUUUUUGUUGAUAUUCGAAUAAAAGACAUUAUUUUGGAAAGGUUAAUAAAAAUCAAUUUCCAAUGAAACAUGACCUCUAGCAAAUUGUCACAUGCAAUCUUCUUGGCCAUAGAAAACAAGUUAUUCAUAUUCAGUUUCUUCAUUAAUUUUGACAUGCCAGAUGAAAUGUCAGCUGAACAUGUCUGGUUUCAUUUGUGUUCCUAGAUGUUAGAAUUCAAUGUGACUAAUUAAAUGUUGAUGGAAAAAAAUUUCAUUUGUUACUGUUGUCAACAUUAACACUACAAGACACAUACAAACAAUUAACAUUUCUUAUGCACAAACGUAAUUAACGCUGGGUGAACACUGUACGAUUUUGGCCACGAUUUGACAUAUUUUGUGAAUUCUAAAAGAUUCCUCUGAUCCUAAAGCAAAGACUUUGACGUUAACUGAUAGCUCAUUAAUGACCAUUGCGAUCAAAUUUUACCUCAGAUGAAAUUCGAUGACUUCUACAACAACCGCCAAAUCAAGAACCAACAGGACCGCAGAAGGACUGUUAUAAAUCGUACAGUGUGCACCCAGCUUUACAUAAUCAAUUUUGUAUAUAAACUUUGGGUGCUGUUUCUCAAAUUCACGUUCCGUGGGCAUCGCUGAAGCUUUUUGGUUUACUGUUGUGGCCUGUUUUCAGCUGCAUUGCUGAAAAGCUCAAAUAAAAAAACAAAGACUGUAUUUCAUCACCAGCACCCUCAUUAUUUUAACACCAGAGACAAUGAGACAAGAAAACCCUGAAUAUUUAAUGAAUGUGAUACUAUGGCUGGAAAUAAACCUGCAUUUUUUA